AAUGUAUACAUUUACACGAGCCCCGCCCAAAACUCUCACAAGAUGGUCUUUCAUUUGCUUCACAAUUGUCAAUCAAUCUUAUUCCAUGUCUACGUCAGCAGCAGCGCCACCAGAGCUCAGGAGUGGGAGACGAGGAGCGUCCACCAGCACCAGAAAAAUACCUGGACUGAGAGAGUGCACGGACUAAAUGGGGUCAUUUGACUACGUGUAAGACUUUUUGCGUCUGAGAUAUUUUUUAUCCGCAGAGCAUUUUGGAGAUCAUCCGUUUUGUGCAAUGGAAAACAUCUGUCAAGCUCGACUUUCAGUUUCCUAGCCACUAGGCUGCAAUUCCAAGGAUGGCUAGCUGAGCUAGCUAGCUAACAAUUAGCCCUCCCAUUUAGCUGUGCUCACAGGACGAUUCGACUGGCUGCUCCUCCGCUCCUUUUUUCAUUGUGGUUAUAUUGUUUCACCGCUGGAUGUUUUGUGACCAUCGAUAUUUCCAUUUAAAGUCAGCAUCGAUGCUAUGUCUUCUGUAAAUGCCUUGUUGGACGGGCGCUCAUUGUGACUGCGCGGGCGUAUACAGUUGGAUUCAGGGCGGCUAAACCAGUACUCGGCCGGGCCACCAGCAGACGGCUAAUACCAAUGAGGCAGCGACAGCACGUAGAGUCCCACUGUCUCUGGGACCGAAGGGGGUAGUCGAAAAAGAAACAGGCUUUUUAGAUUUUCAGUGGAGAAUCCUGUCAUUUCAGUAAGAGUCACAGACGCUGGCACAGUGGAUAUCACCAGCUUGCCCUCUCGUCAGUCAGUUUCAGCGCUAGCCUUGCUUAGCCUGCAAGCUAAGCAAUCUUAAAUCGCAGCACACCAAUUGUAAUUCGCACCAUUCAGUUAUUUCACUUCAGAUAGGAGUGUGGAGUCAAUCAGCCGUCCCCGUAGGCUGUGGAUUUACACACGGCCUGCUUGCCAAAUAUUUGACCAUUGGCGGCAGUUCUGCAGUCAACACAAGGCCCAAUUCUGCACUAAGUAACCAUCUUAUCCAACGGAGUGCUGAAGUAGCCUGUUGUCCAGAGGAAUUGAUUGAUUUGAGACCAGUCUGCGCCCCUUGACAAACGGGCUUUAGCUCAUGCGGUGAUGACUUUAGACUCCAUGAUGGCUUGUUGCCUGAGUGAGGAGGCGAAGGAGUCCAAAAGAAUCAACGCAGAGAUCGAGAAACAGCUCAGACGGGACAAGAGGGAUGCAAGACGGGAGCUCAAGCUCCUGCUUCUGGGUACCGGUGAGAGCGGCAAGAGUACCUUCAUAAAGCAAAUGAGAAUAAUUCAUGGAUCUGGUUACACAGACGAGGAUAAGAAGGGCUUUACCAAGCUGGUUUAUCAGAACAUCUUCACCUCCAUGCAGGCCAUGAUCCGGGCGACUGAGACACUAAAGAUACCUUUCAAGUAUGAACAGAACAAGAAUAAUGCUCUGCUUGUGCGGGAGGUUGAUGUGGAGAAGGUAUCAUCCUUUGAUCAGCCGUAUGUCGGAGCGAUAAAGAUGCUGUGGUCUGACCCUGGCAUCCAGGAGGCAUAUGAUCGCAGGAGAGAGUACCAGCUCUCCGACUCCACCAAAUACUACCUUACUGAUUUAGAACGAAUAGCCACACCAGGCUAUGUGCCUACUCAGCAGGAUGUGCUGCGGGUUCGAGUCCCUACCACCGGCAUCAUUGAGUACCCUUUUGACCUGGAGAAUAUAAUCUUCAGGAUGGUGGAUGUGGGAGGUCAGAGGUCAGAGCGGAGGAAGUGGAUCCACUGCUUCGAGAAUGUUACCUCCAUCAUGUUCCUUGUGGCCCUCAGCGAGUACGAUCAGGUCCUUGUAGAAUCAGACAAUGAGAAUCGUAUGGAGGAGAGUAAAGCUUUGUUCAGGACCAUCAUCACAUAUCCCUGGUUUCAGAACUCCUCCGUCAUCCUUUUUCUCAACAAGAAAGACCUUCUAGAGGAGAAGAUUAUGUAUUCUCACCUUGUUGACUACUUCCCGGAGUUCGAUGGUCCUCAGAGGGAUGCCCAAGCAGGCCGGGAGUUCAUCCUGAAGAUGUUUGUGGACUUGAACCCAGAUAGUGACAAGAUUAUCUACUCCCAUUUCACAUGUGCUACUGACACAGAGAACAUCCGAUUUGUCUUUGCAGCCGUCAAAGACACCAUCCUGCAGCUCAAUCUCAAAGAAUAUAACUUGGUUUGAAAAGAAUGGGAAGGAAACAAGAAGAGAACAAGCAAGAGUCCUGCAGCCCCACUAAAUGCAGUUUCUUUUUAAACAUACCAUAAUCAUCUGCAUGAAACUCCAGCAGAGACACAUUUGUCUUUAAAAAGCGGCUUCAGUAGUUCACUAAUCUCCUGAGUUGUUGGAUUGGCCACUUUUUAAACAAUGGUUUUGUGUGGUUAAAUUAACUGCUUUUCUUGCACAUAAAUCUGUUCAGAUCUUGACACUCCCUCAUUCCAAAUGAGGCUGAAUCUUCACUAAACACUAGUUAUUCGCCCCUCCUUGAGUGUUUCGGAUGGGUAAGGGGCCUCCUCUUGUUUGACUCUUCGAAAAGGGCUCACUUCCUUACUUUUCUUUUGCCAGUCAUAACAUACACUACAGCAGGAGCAAAUGCCAAGCUACAUCUGACCCAUGCUCAUAUAUUCAUAUUGUUAGGAUCGAAGUAUCUUCAGCUCUCGCAGUGGUUUGUUUCAGAAUCUUUAGUUGUGCAUUUGGUUUAAAACAUGAACCCUUGAACUUGAGCAAUUGUUCACUCUCACAAUAUGUUGAAUGUAAAUAAUUUCUCAUUAUUUUGGUGCAGUAUAAGGCUAUACAGAGUACAGUUUUAUAUUACUUAAAAUUACACAUUAGUUUUAAAGAUUUUUUUUUUUUAUUCUAUGAACUAAGAGUAAAUUUGCAAGAACGUAACUGGGGUCUUUAAAAUAGAAUGACCCUAACCUACACCCUCCGCUUUCAUAAAAAUGAUUAUUGGUUACCCACAAUGAGAAAACGGGUUGAGACCGACACAAAAGGGAUUUGAUCUCACCUGUCAUGUUUUAUAACUUUGCCAAAAUAAAAAAAAAUAAUGUAAAUAAGAAUGCCAGAAUCUGCUAUAGUGUUUUGCAUACAUGCUGAAUUCAGGCUUUUAAUUGCCAAAAGAAGAUGUUUUAUUUUGUUGGAUGUUAUUAACGGUUCGUAUUACAUCUCUUUUGUCUGAAUCACAACGCAUAUUAGUACUGUGAUGUUCUCACUGAUGGUAACUUUAAUUUUCCUGUGCAAAACGUGAAUGAGAUAAACAGAUGCAUACAGUGCAAUACCUAGUUCAAAUUAUAAAUACUUCUGCCAAGUCACUGGUUGAUCGCUCUAAUAAUUUCUGGAUUGCCAUAUUAUCCAGAUGUUAUUUUAUAGUGUUUUAGCAAGAGGGUAAAUUGUUUGUAAUUGUAUGUCUAAUUUAUCAAUCAGAUCUCUGUAUUAAUACAGUAAUUUACGCUUUCUCCGAGUUACACCCCAAAGUUUUUCCAACCUAGAAACGGGAGGUGAUUUUAUACUGCUGUAAAUUAUCAAAACUAUUUUAAGAACAAUGGUUCUAUCUUUCUAAUUAUACUUCAUAUAUUUAGUUGUUGCUGUUCUUUUCCAAAUGCUUGAUAAUGGAAUCGCCAGUUUUCAUUUCAGGUAUGUGCUUUAUGCAAAUAGGAAAAAAUCUGACAAAAAAAACUUGGUGGUUAAAUAUUUACUGUUUAAAGGAGGCUUGCAUUUUGUAACUUUAAGGACAUGUGAUAGCUGUUGGUACCAAUCCCAUAUCGUGUCUCUUGCCUGAUUGUUAAAUAUUCCAUUAAGUUGAAAGAUGAUAGGUGAUAGAUUGCUAUUUUUGUCUUCACAAUGUAAUUCAGGUAAGUUUUCAUAACUUUCAUCAAAAGGGCUAUUACUAGCAGAUUUGGUAUGGAGUGAAAGGACUCUGUGGGUACCAUGGAGAAAUCAAGGUGCAAUUAAUGAAGAUGAUGGUUCGAAAUGUGUGUGUGGUGGUUUAGAAUGAUGGCUAUACGUUCAGUGAGGGAGGAAUACAGCAGUCCAUUUUUUAUUUAUCACAUUCCUACAAGUCUAGUGGGCGUCAUUGUUCACUUUGACCUGUUUGCAUUUUGACAAGGAGAAUGGCUUCAUUUAAAUGUACAGAUCACUCUUGGAGUUAACAGCCUGUUAAACAUGUGUACUGUUCUUGGAUAGAUGCUGUGGUUUUUAUGGAUGAUUCCCUUUGGCUUUGCACCAACAUUGGAAAGGCUCACUUGAUUAAUUGUGGACGAAAUUUUUUAUAUGCAAAUUCAAAAUUUUCUAAUUUAUUUGUUGUGUUUCUUACUCUUGAUUGCUUUCGUAGAUGUCUUCACAAAUGUUUUUCUAUAUAAUGGGCACUUUUAAUAAAGCCACAGCUUUUUUUUUGUUUGUUUGUUUUUUUCCUCUCAUCCUGUGUUAUUUACUUUUAGCAGCAAAUCAGUUAUGUUCACUAAUUGGCCAUUUAAAAAAAAAAAGCUGACCAGUGACUUGAGCCUUUCCAACCAAAUGACCAUGUUCUUUCCAAAUGAAGCUGCCUCAAUAUUUGAGGAAUUUAAAGUGAAGGUACUGGAAAGACCAACACACUUGUGGUUGCGAUCACUAGUUAAUAUUUAUUUAUUGUUUACAUUUUUGCCAUUCUCCAUGCCCUGACUUGAUUGGACUGCGUAUUCUUCCCAUGAGUCAAAGGCACUGAAACGGCGCCUCUAAAAUGGGCCUGUGUUCAUGCGACUUAGUUGUCCAUUCAAGUGCGCUCAUCGGUACUCUGAGGUGUGUGUGCAAGCAUGUCUGUGUGUGCACGCACAUCUGUGUGUGUGAGUAUGUUUGUAUAUAUAUAUAUAUAUAUAUGUAUAUAUAUAUAUAUAUAUA